AUGCAGCCUCACUAUCGGGGGAACAACCCGGGCUACGAGCUGCCACCCGUGCACGGCAUGCAGAUGGCUCAUCUGCUUCAACCCAUGCCCCAACAGCUGGCCGCCCCCGCGACCUCGCCAUAUCAGCGUUUCUACGAUUCUGCCUCCGGCUCCCCCGCGGAUAGUGGUGUCCUGCCCGAUGCGCCGCCCGUGGGCUCUGCCCCGGCCGGUCUUUACCAAACCAGUCCCGUCGGUCAUGGCCAACCGACCCCCGCGCAAUUACAACAGAAGCGCGCAUAUCGCCAGCGUAGGAAGGACCCCAGCUGCGAUGCCUGUCGCGAGCGCAAGGUCAAGUGCGACGCCUCCGAGUCCUCCAGCUGCACCGAGUGUAAUAACCGCAGGGUCCGCUGUCAGUUCACAAAGGAGACCAAUCGUCGCAUGUCCUCCAUUAAGCAGGUCCAAGAUUUGGAAAAGCAGUUGCUCAACACAAAACAACAAUUACAGCACCUGCAGACGGGGAUGAUGCGACCGGAUCGCAUGGUGGAUGAUGAGGUGGUUGCGCAGCCCAUGGUCAAAUUGCCGGAAAUCGAGUAUCGUCCAGUGCGUCGGUCCAAGACGCCCAUUGCGCAGGAUUUCUCCGAAGUGCGCUCGAACCUUCGCCACUACGGCCGUGGCAUCAUGAAAGUACCGACCCCUUACCGCGCGCAGGGCGCAGAGUCGUUGGUGACGGGCAAUGCGCCGGAGCUGCCGCCGAAGCGCUUGGCGGACCACCUCGUGGCACAGUACUUUAACUGCGUGCACUCGGGCCUUCCGGUGCUGCACUGGCCCACGUUCACUGCCGAGUAUGAGAAGGUUUACCGGUCGGGAACCCUGCUGGGAGUCUCGAACGAGUGGGCCGCGGUUUUGUUUGGAGUGUUUGCUUGCGGCAAUAUCCACACGACGGAGCCGAAUCGCGAGGAGGAAGGCAAGAAAUACGUUCGUAUAUCGUGCGGGAUCAUCGACGUCUGGCAUGACAACUUUAAUCUUGACCGCGCCCGGGCGGCGCUGCUGGCCAGCAUCUUUCUCUACGAGGUCAAUUCCAAGUCCGCCAGCUGGGUGUGGAUCGCGUCGGCCGUGCGCGUAGCUCAAGAGAUUGGGCUGCAUCUCGACUCUGGGCCCUGGCCCGCGAUUGAGGGCGAGAUGCGCAAGCGCGUGUGGUGGGGGUUAUACGCUUGGGACAGAUUACUCGCCCUAGAGAUGGGGAAACCCGUACUGAUCAACGACCAAGACUGCGAUGUCGACCUCCCAUGUCCGGUCGACGAACAGUACAUCACCGAAGGGGGCCAGAUUCCUGACGGCCAGCAAACCACACCACUCCUCGCGACCAUCCACGUCGUCCGCUCGAUCGGCCAGCUCACCCGCACCCUCCGCUCACCCACGAUCAGCCCCGCGACUCUCGAGACUUUUGAACUCCACUUCAACACCUGCCUCGCCACAUUCCCAUCUCAAUUUCACCCCAAAACCGACCAGGAUCUCGACCCCCGCUCCCUCGCCCCGGUCAUCUAUCUCCAAAACGCCCGCCUCCUCCUCCACCGCCACAACAUCUCCCCCUUCUGCCCAGACAUCAUCCGCGCCUCCGCAAUGGACUACUGCGUCUCCACAGCCCUCGAUACAGCCAACAUCCUAGCCCGCUGCAUGCGCAACUACCCCACCCACCCAAACCCCUCCAACGAUCCCCGCGCCCACUUCGCCUCAAGCGCAAACUCCCUCCUCUGCACCCACAUCUGGCGCUGCAGUCUCCUUCUCCUCUUCCGCGCCGAGUACGCCGGCGCUCUAGCCUGCGUCCAAGCCCUCGUCUCAAUCGGCGACGUCCGAACCGUCAACGCCGCCUGCGGCCGCUACCUAGCCUUCUUCCUCCGCCGACUCCUAGCCCGCAUCCGAGCCGAAGGCCAAAUUCCCGACCUCGACCGCGACGAGGAAAUGAUGGCCUACGUCUCGGGUGAUAUGCAAGGCACCACUGACGGAAGUUGGGUAUGGCAUGGCUCUGAGACUGGAUCGCAGCUUGAAGGUAUGGGCGCGCGCUCAACGCCUAAUGCCGCAGGCCGGCCUGAGACGGAGUCGGAUAUUGAUUGGGAAGGAUGGGAUUGGAUCGAGAAAACGGUUCAGGAUCUCUUCACUGAACAACAUCGUCAGGAUUAUCGUGAUUCUCUCGGUGUGCCGAAGGUGGAUGGUUCUUUGGCGCCGGAAUCGGCCUCUGAUACAGAUAGGCGGUCGAGUUCCGCUCACUCACGCAUGACGAUUGCUAGCAUUAUUUAA